UUAUGUACAGGACUAAUUCUGAAUUCAUAAAUCUUAAUUUUCAAUCGUAAACCCAUCUUUAUGGUCACCCCCAUAACAUUGCGAUAAUUUUGCUUUUAAUGGAUUGAUGAUGGUAUGUAAGUUUGAAUUAAAAUCUCCGUCGUAAAAUACAGUCACGAAUAUAGCGCUUCAAUUCUCUAAAUGAAAGAAACAACUUACAGAGGUAUCUUGUUAUCGUGUACCGUGUAGCGUGUAGAAGUUGCCACCCCCUGGUAAUAUGUACAUCUGUGGGAGGUUAAGAUUUUAUUUGGAAUUUUUUUGUAUUUUGUAUUUUUGAUAAAUAAUUCUUUAAAAAAUAAUAUUUUUUUUUUUUUAAAUAAAUACUAGUUAACUAGUGCUCGAUAAAUACCAUUUACAGUAAUUAUUUAUUUUAGAAGGUAAUGUUUCAAAAGUAUUUUAUUACCAUUAUUUGCACGAAUUGUUAUUGUUAUGGCAAUGCCAAAUUCAACUGCUAAUAACUGAGUAGGUCUUAAAUGAACUAAUAGCUUCAAAAAUGUCAGAAUUAGUCAACGAUAGCACUGAAUAUACUCCCGGCGUUGAAGAUAUUUGGGCUGACCUAUCUCCUGAAGAACGUAAGUUAGCCCGUAGACUACGAAUUCAAAGAAGAACUGAAGUGUUACGCCGGAAACAAUAUGAAGCUACCGAAGAAACGGAAGAAUUGGUUAAGAAAACUUUGUUGGAGUCCCAAGAGGAAACAAGUGAAAAUCAACUGCAAAAUCUUCUUACCGAAGGAAAUGAACUGGUUACAAAUGUGAGAGUAGCAAAUGAUGCCAGAGAGAUUAAGAGAAGAGCAGAGAAUGCUGAAGAUCGACGAAAACGCUUGGAAAAACUGGAAGAAGAAUUGGUUGUCAGCACAGAAAAGUUGGCUAUUAUCAACUCCAAAUGGGACAGCAUUUUGGAGUCAAACGACCCUCUCGACUUGGACCACGACAUUGAACAGCAAAGAGAGAACUGUAACAAGUUAAUCAAACAGAAAGAUGCUGUGAUAGAAGAUUUGCGCAAAGAACUGCAGAAACAGGAGGACCGUUUCAUCAGGGACCAGAAGAAGCACAGGGAAGACCUGGCGCUCUUGUGCGAGAGGAUGGACAGUCAGGUGGCAGUCAUGCGGCGUGCCUUCAAGAGUGAACUUGAAGUGAUAGAGGAGGUGGUGGGCGUGGAGCGCUCGCAGCUGCUGGCAGAGGCGGGCGGGCGCUGGGAGGCGCUGUACGCGGAGCUGGGCCGGAUGGAGCGGGCCAGCGGCGAGCGGCAGGAGCGCACCGCGCGGGCGCUGGAGGACCAGGCGAGGGCCGUGCGCCUGGGGCAGGAGGAGCGCCACCGCGACAGGAAGACGCAGCUGGAGCGGGACGCACAGCUGCUGCAGCGCGAGCUCCAGCAGGUCAAGGCCGCGUGCCUGCUCAACACGGAGAAGCUCGACUACAACUACCAGGUGCUGAGGAAGCGCGACGACGAGAGCCUGGUCCUCAGGGCUCGCCAGAAGCGACAGCUCAACAGGCUUCAAGACACUGUGAAUAGUUUAAAGGAGAAAAUUGCUGACAAGGCCAAACAUGUAGCAUUGGAGAUGUCUCGACUAACAGAUGAAGUGAAACGUUUGAAGUGUGACAUCACUUCAGUGGAGAAGAAGGGCAAUGACUUCACAGAUGCGAACGACAAGAAAUUUCAGCAGCUGUGGGACUUGAAUACGGAAAGAGCCAAAGCUUUGCUUGAUAAGAUACUGACCGUGGAUCGUAUCGUCCAUGAGCAGCAGCUCGGCUUGGAUUGGGAGCCUCCCGAGCUGCAGUUGCUGCAGAAGGCCGACCUCGAGUCGUACCGCUCGGCCAUGCAGGUGGUCGCUGAGCUCUUCCGCCAGAAAGAUAAGAUUAAGUCAGAAAGUGAGCAUGGGAAGUACGUGAAAGCUCUACGUUCCGAGCAGGCUGAAGAAUUGUUUCUGCGACAAAUACUGCAGAAGCUGGCGGAUGCAUCUGGAUUCAUAUUGGAAGAACGCCUAAAACAACUUCUGGAAGGAUACACUGAGCGGGAACAAACCCUCAUCACCAUAGACACAGUUUUCAGUGCUUUAGGUGUACAGACCAAAAAAGACAUGACUUUGUUGAAAAAGUACUUCGUUCCCUACUGCUACUGUGUCCAGUGUGAAUCAGCAGAUGAGGCUGCAAAAGAGAUUGGAUCAAAUUUAGAGUCCGAUGAUGAUACUGUACUAAGUGAGCCGUCGCAGGGGGCGGAGUCCUGGCAGCAGCAGGAUGCUGCUUCGAGCACCACGGUCGAGCUACCGAGCUCGGGGGCGGCUCCGGCCACCGACCCGGCUGGGGACUUGUUCCUCCCUCAGGACGCCCUAGAGGAAGGGGGCACUGCUCAGCUGGGUCCCAGCAGAGGAACUGUUGGUUUCAAGCCAAGUCGGAUCUGCAUUGAAGAAAACCACACCCUUGGCAUUGAUGAGAUUUAUAUUUUGAGAGCGCUCAGGGGAUUUGUAGAAAAAUUUAAUGAAAAAGUUUCUAGUGAUUCAGUCAAACCAAUGUUGCUCCUUGGCAAGAAACGCACCACUGUCUCUCGGCUGCUUACUGCUGAAGAUGUUGAAGUAUACUGGAACAGAUUCCUGCAAGUUUUUGACAGCAAGCAUGAAGAACUUUGGGAUGGACUCCACAUAGGAUUGCUUAAAUACAGAGAACUGUUGGAAGAUCGCCACUCCCUCAAUGAAAAAACUGAACGCCUAAGAGUGCAGAAUGCAGAACUAAGGCGACUGUUGCGUUCACAUAUGAAGGAGGAUAAUGAAGAUACUUCUCUCAUGCACCCAGCUGAAUUUGUUCCACCGCAUGAUGAAGUCAGAAUGACAACAAAAACAAUAGCUUUUCAGAGAAGAUAAAGGAAAUUGAAAUCUGAAAGUUUCCUUUCUGCCGUUUGCUGUGCUGUUCCCUAGAACUUGUACAAAAUUUAAUUUUAUAUGAAAAUUUAUUUGUAUGUCCUGUAUCAUCAUAAUCAAGGUAAAUUAUAAAUUUUACAGGUUCAGUGAAAAAAAAAAAAUUAUAUUAUGCACAUUUUGUACCAGAUGUGAAAAAUAAAUAGAAUAUUGUCAGUAAAAAAUCCGGAGAUUUGUUGUUUUAAAUGAUUGAGGAAGUUAGAACACUCAUCUUAAACUGGUCCCCAGGAAACAGUUUGAAACUGUGUUUACCUUUUAAGAAAAGUAU